AUGUCCACUAUAUCGUCGUUGAUAAGACACUCAGGUAAUUGGAACAAUGAAAACUGCUAUGUGAAUUUCAAAAUCGAUGCAGUGGCGUUUAAAGAAUAUUCGACAUAUAUAGAUUUAUUACAAGCAGUUGCAACUCAGCUGAAUAUAGACAUGCAACUGAAAAACAUAUACAUCAAAUAUAUAGUUGAAGGUAACGAUACGCCAAUGGAAAUACAUAAUGAUAUGAGUGUUAGGGUGUAUGUGGAAUUGAAGAAAGAAAACAAACAGUUAGCGAUGUAUCCUUUGUGCAUAACUACAACUGAUAAAAGCGUUGAUACUUGUGUAUCUGGUGAAAGUUGUAUUGAAGGAGGAUUUUUGCAAAUUGGUUACAUAAAACAAACAAAUGCUAUGGAAACAGUAGUGAGUGGAGACUUAGCUUCUUCAAGUUGUGGAAAUGUCGUUACUGUGUUCGAAAAUGACACAAAUCUAGUUAUAUCAGAUAAGAACCAAAAAGAGGUUGUUGUUGAUCAAGUUUACAAGGACAAAGAUACACUGAAGGCUGUUAUGGCGAAUUAUGCAAUUUCCAACAGGUUCAAUUUUCGUGCCGAGAGGUCAAAUGCGAUAAGUUAUACACUAGUAUGUGUGUCUGAAGAGUGUGAUUGGAAAUUUAGGGCAUCGAGUGUUGGUAAAUCAGAAAUGUUCAGGGUUAGGGAGUUUCGUGACAAGCAUACAAGUCCGCUAAAAGAUAAGGUGUAUUCACAACGCCAUGCGACAAGUUGGUUUAUAGGUGGAAUUGUAAAACCAAAAGUAGCCAACCAUAAGAGGAAAUACACACCUAAUGAUAUAGCGGAGGAUGUAAGAAAUGAUCUUGGAAUGGAUGUGUCCUAUAUGGUCGCUUGGCGGGCUAAGGAAAAAGCAAUGAAGGAUUUAAUGGCAUUGUAUGCAUUCAUCAAAGGGUUUGAUUGUUGUAGGCCAAUUGUUGUAGUUGACGGGAGCCACCUCAAAACAGCAUACAACGGAACGUUCGUUUCAGCAAGCACGUUAGACGGUCCAGGUAAUAUACUUCCUUUAGCAUAUGGUGUGAUAGAUUCAGAAAAUGACAGGUCUUGGACGUGGUUCUUUGAGCGAUUCAGGGAAGUGUAUGGUGUGAGAGAGAACAUGUGUAUUGUUUCCGAUAGGCAUGAAAGCAUAAACAAAGUUGUUUCUAGAAUCUAUCCGAAUGUGCCGCACUAUGCAAGCAUAUGGCAUCUUUGGGGUAACGUAUGUAAGAAGUAUAAGAAGAGCCAUGAUGUGUUGAGUCCCGUGUUUUAUGCAAUGGCAAAAGCAUACACGCGGCAAGAUUUUGAUGAGCUUAUGGGCAAAGUUGAGAAGGCAGAUUUUCGGGUGGCAGAGUAUUUGGAAUUGGCUGGAAGAGAGAAGUGGGCUAGAGUGUAUGCAACUGCUAACCGAGGGUGGACAAUGACUUCAAACAUAGCAGAGUGUAUUAAUCGUCACCUUGUAGCAACAAGAGAGCUUCCUAUAUUUGAUUUUAGAAGAAGUGAGGAAGAUGCCAAACCAUCAACCGAAUACGUGUACACGGUAUAUGAUGUAGGAAGGCGUUUCAUCGUUAACUUGGACAACAAAACGUGCAGUUGUCGGAUGUUUCAAAUAGACGAAAUUCCAUGCCCACAUGCAUGGGCUGUCAUUAAGAAGAAAAAUCUAAUGGCUGAUAAUUACUGUUUCGAAUUGUGCAAACCGCACACCGUGGUGAAGACGUAUGAUGUCGCUGUGGAUCCUCUCCCUGACGAGCGGGAAUGGAAGAUUCCAACAUACAUAUCAAAGGAUGUUGUUUUGCCACCAAGAUACAAGAGACCUCCUGGUAGGCCGAAGAAAAAGCGUGAUAAGCCGUUAUUUGAAUUGCUUCUUGGAAAAAAGAGACAUGCUUGCAGUACUUGUGGACAGACUGGACACAAUAGACGAUCUUGUAGUAAUGCUCCUAGAAGGAAAUAA